AUGCUCUAUGCCAAAGCAUGGAAGGGUCAAAUGAUGCCUGAGUUGCCCAUCACAUUCUCUUGUGUCAUUGAAAACUCUUUUGCCGUCGUGAACAUACACUGGAUCGACCAUGGCCAGGCAUAUUGCAUGGCGCCCUUGUGCAAGUUUGACCUUAGCAAGGAUGAACACUUCAACCAAUUCCUUGUAUGGGUUGACUGCAUUGGCGAAUGGGCUCUCACACAUCUACUACCACUGGUCAAGACCGCCCUGGACCGGAUACGUACCAAAGAGGACACUCCUCCUCCAACCCCAAAGGCUACACGACUCGUCGUUGACACUGCCGACUGUCCAAACGAUGCACUAAUUAGGUCGCUCAAGACUACUUUCGAAAACAUUCCUUGGCGGUUUGAGGACGACGAGUUCACCCCUGUCAGCAGCAGUACAGCCAGUUGGGGGAGUCCGAUGGUCAAUGAUGCCACCUUUACCAGUUAUCCCACGGUGCCUCGACAAUCUCGACGCACGCCCACUUCUGCGGUUCAGAGAAAGCAAUAUCUCUCACAACUAGGUCAACAUCCUACUCCUCCGCCAGCCUAUGCGCAUAAUCCGGAACUUGUUUGGCAGCGACGGUUUGCCCAUGCCAUGGACGAGAUUAAGGAUCUCCAACACCAAGUACAGAUGAUGAGGAACGAUAUGAAUGGGUCCAACAUGUCUCUGCAAACCGAACUCUCUGGGAUAAAAUCGACAAUGCACUCCGUGCUUCGCAAAGAGACACUCACCCUUCGCAACAGGUCCAUUUCCUUGGGCGUUCAAGAAACGUGGUCUACCCAAAACAUACCACGGAGCCCACUUGUCAACGAAGUUCGUCCUUCCAUCAGUCCAGAGAAGGUGUCCUUCUAUGAACAAAAGAGGAACAAUUUCCUUCCACUGUCGCCGAAAAUGCUGUCCCCAGGCCUUCCUUCUCCAGGUCUACCCUCCCCAGGGUUGGGUUCGCCCGGAAUGCCGUCGCCAACCUUUUCCAUGUAUAGCGAAAACAACGUGGUCAUGAUACCACCUGCCCCACCAAAGUCGGGCUCGUUCGUCAAGUUCGUUGGUGCCAUGGUCACUGGGCAUAUGAUCGGAGCCUUUAUCCCCAACAUGUUGCUGCGAGUCUUUGUGUUGGGUUGUAUCACCGAUGUUUGUAUGCUCGCUUUCGCUAGUCCGCAUCUUCCGAGCUCUGCUGAGUAUUUGUUGUCUUUUUGGCGGUCUUCUCGAUAA